AUGUCUUUAAAUGAGGAUAAGAAAGAAGAUGGAGUAGCUCCUAUAGGUUUUAAAACUGCAAGCAAUAAAGAAAUAAAAAUAACAGAUACUGCUUUAGCUAAAAUAAAAGAUGUCUUCAAAGAUAUUGAUUUGGAUGAAGAUUUAAAUGAGAUAGAAUUGAACGAAGAUAAUUUUAGAGAGAAGAGUUCAACUCAAGUCGAUGGAGAUCUAAAAGCUGCAACUGAAGUAGGAUUUAAAACUGCAAGUAAUAAACACAUAAAUAUAUCUAAAGAAGCGUUGAAUAAAACAAAGAAUAUAUUUCAGGAUCUAGAUAAUAUUGAAUUUCCUAAAAAACCCGAAAAAGCUGAAGAGAAUUCGUUUGAAAUAACUUCAGCUAUAGCAACUCCAGAACCUGAUUUUGUUGGUUUUAAAACUGCUAGCAAUAAAAAUAUUAAAGUUUCAGAAGCGGCCUUAGCUAAAACUAAGAAUUUAUUCCAAGAUAUUGAUAAUAUAGAACUUUCAAAUAAAAAUACAGAAGAAAAUAUCGAUAAAGAUGAAAUAUUUGUUAAACCGUCUACUAGUAAAGGCUUUACUGGCUUCAAAACUGCAAAUAAUAAACAAAUAAAUAUAUCCAAAUCAGCUUUAGCAAAAACUAAAAAAAUAUUUGACGGUAUUGACCCAGUAGAUUUUAAAAUGCCUAAUAAACACGAAGAAAAAUCCAAAAACACGAAAGAAACUGAAGAUUUUUCAAAUGAAUUUAGUUGUAUUGGCUUUAAAACGGCAAGCAAUAAGAAUAUUAAAAUAUCUAAUGAAGCAAUGGCUAGAACUGAAAACAUUUUCAAAGAUAUUGAUUCAGAAAACUUCAGUUAUCCAAAAAAAUCAACGAAAACUGAAGAAAAUACUAAAUUGAAUACUGAAACUAGUAAAACAAAUGCCUUUGUAGGAUUCAAAACGGCAAACAAUAAAGAAAUCAAAAUAUCCGAUAAAGCUUUGGUUGAAACGAAGAAUAUAUUUAAAGAUAUUGAUGAUGAUAACUUUAAAUAUCCAGUAAAACACAUUAAAAAUACUGUAAAUAUUGUGAAAGAUGACGUUGUACCUAAAACUACAGAUUUUUAUGGGCCUUCUACUAGCAAAGCUACUUUUGUUGGCUUCCAAACCGCUAAUAAUAAGAAAGUUAAUAUUUCUAAAGAAGCAUUGGUUAAAACGAAGAACAUAUUUAAAGACAUUUUCGAAAAAGAUUCUAAAGUUCACAAAAAUCCUGAAGAACAUAUUACAGAAGUCGAAGAAGACAAUGAAAAAUUUAAUAAGCCGGCAAGUAAAACUAAUUUUAUUGGUUUUCAAACAGCAAACAAUAAACGGAUAACUAUUUCAAAGGAAUCUUUAGCUAAAACUAAAGAUAUUUUCAAAGACAUUGAUAAAAUUACUUUUGGAAAUUUAAGCAAAGCUAAUAACGAUUCAAAGGACACACGAAAUGUGCCUAAAAUGGUGGAACCAGAUACAGAUCUAUGUGCACCGUCAACUAGCAAAACAGCUUUUAUGGGCUUCAAAACAGCAAAUAACAAACAAAUACAAAUCUCUAAAGAAUCUCUAGCUAAAACUAAAAAUAUCUUCAAAGAUUUAGAUUCUAAUGACUUUCCAAAUGCAAGAAACCUAGAAAAAGGUGAACCAAAACUUCCAUAUCCAAGUUUCAAAGAAGAUCUUCCUCCUAUAAGAAGUAUGACUGAUUUUGUUGAGUUCAAAACUGCAAAUAAUAAGGUUAUCAAUGUUUCCGAAAAGGCUAUAGCCAAAACUAAAAAUAUUUUUAAAGAUUUAGAGGACUCUGAAAUUAAAACUACAAAAAUAACUAAAAAAGACUAUCCAGACAUUGAAAUAGAUACAAAAGAUGUUACUGGUAAAGAUGAAAGUCCUAUAAGUACUAAUGAUGAUAAUUUUCAUAUAAGUGCAAAUAAAAUACCAAAAUUUCAAGGCUUCCAAACUGCUAGUAAUAAAAAGGUUGAAAUUUCGGCAGAAGCUUUACUAAAAACACGAAAAAUAUUCCAAAAUAUUGAUGCCGAUGAAGACAUAAAUAAUAAAAACUCAAAAACAGACAAUAUAAACAAUUUAAACCUCGCUAACGAUGAUAAAGAUCACAAACAUGACCUCAAUUUAGCACUAGAUCUAAAUAAAAGUCCAAUUUUUAAAGGGUUUCAGACAGCUAAUAAAAGACCCGUAGUCAUAUCUGAAGAAGCAUUAGCUAAAAGUAAAAAACUAUUUCAAGAUUUAGAAACUAUUCAGGACGAACCUGAACCUGAAUUUCAUGGCUUUAAAGCUAUUAACAAUGAAGAACUAGAAUUAUCACAAAAAGCGUUAAUUGAUGCUAUGAAAAUAUUUGAAAAGGAACUUAAAGGUGGUUUGCAAUUCCAAACGGAAGAUGAAAGUCGAAAACUACUUAAAGAAGUUGAAGGUAGUAAAAAUAGAGUGCGAAAUUAUGCAACAAACAUUGCUAAAAUAAAAACCGAUAUAAAAAAUUGCGAUAUUAAUAAAGCUAACGAUGGUAUAAGAAAUAAACGCCCAUUUGCAGAUGUAGAUACUUCAAAUGACAAAAUAACCAAUUUAGAUGAGGGAUUAGAAAACAUUAUAAAUACACAAGUCUUAAAUAACUUCGAUCAAAGCUUAUAUACUGAAGAUUUUCGCGAAACCCCCGUCAAAGCAAAACGGCCAUCAAGCCCAAUCUUAUCGUGCCCUAAAGCGAAAAAACGGCGAAAAUUUGAAACGCCAUACUCUCAAAAACUACCAGUUGCUACCAAAAGAGAAAUAAUCAAGCCAAAAGAAGGAAAUAAAAUAAAAUUCAAUGAAGAUUACAAGCGAAAGAAAGAAUAUACUUUGAAAGAUUUGGAGAAAAUGACGCGGAGUUUCGCAAAAACAGAUGCAUAUUUGACGACUUUUCGAUUCGAUAGCCUGUUACAAUUUGUGUUCAAAAAUGAAAGAAACGACUUGACUGAAGGCGAUUUAACAAUCGAAUCGCUUAAAACAUAUUUUAGUGAUUCAGUAACCUGUAAACUUAUACCAAAAGGCUGGUUAGAUAACCAUUUGAAGUUAAUAUUAUGGAAGCUAAUAUCUUAUGAAAUUAAAUUCAAUAGUCUUUUUUGUACUGCAAGAAAUGUGUUAGAUCAAUUAAAGUUUCGUUACGAUGUGGAAUUGUUUAAUGCUAAAAGGCCAGCUUUGAGGAAGAUCUUUGAGAAAGACGACGUGGCUUCGAAGACUCUUGUAUUGUGCGUCGCUGAGAUAUAUGAAGAUGGUGUCAGAGUUGUCAGUGCAUCAACAUCAAACAACGUGGAGCUACUACUAACUGAUGGUUGGUACUGCAUCAAAGCCAAUAUCGACAAGAUGUUGGCCCAACAUGUGUGUCAAGGGAAGAUCGUGGUUGGAACCAAGCUGGUCACCAAUGGGGCUGAGUUGAUUGGUUGUGAACAAGGAGUUUCACCGUGGGAGGACACUACAGCCAUACGCUUAAAGCUCUUCGGCAACUCAACGCGCAGGGCUCGCUGGGGCGCGCGUCUCGGUUACCAUGGCAACGCCGCCAUCUUGUCCCAACUGUCAUCUGUCAGAAUAGAUGGCGGAAAAGUGUCGAAACUAAGAGUUUUUGUGUCUAGAGUGUAUCCUGCUUUGUAUGUGGAGAAAUUUGAGGAUGGGAGCACUGUGACAAGAUCGGAACGUUUAGAGCAUCUACACCAAGUGAAGACUGAAGCUGAAAGACAGGCCAUCAUGGAGAGAAUCUAUGAAGAAGUUGAGAGGGAGUUCUCAGACCAGGAAUCUCAAGACUCGGAAAGUUUAUCAGACGCAUGUAACAAGAGAGUGUGUUUGGACAGUGGAUCGCAAAUAGCCAAGGUUAUGAAGAGGAGCAGAGACCCUGAGGAGUUUAGGGCUGGCUUAACCUCCACACAAACCAACCUCCUAGAAGGACACAGAUCGAAACAAAGGGACCGUCUCCUUCAAGACAUACAGAAGAGAGUGAGAGAGAAGAUAGAGAAAGCAGGAGUCCAAGUGACUAGGAAUGUUGUUAUGUUACUGAAGAUUAGAGUCGCUGGAGUGGUGGAGAGGAGUGGUGUGGAGAUUUCUAAGGGCAUGAUGUCAAUAUGGAAGCCAACAGAUGCAGUUACUGAUAUGAUCAGGGAAGGAAUCUGGAUCGAUGUGCUGAAUGUUGUCCCUACCGCUGUCAGGUACAACGAAAUCCAAAUAUCAGCAGGCAGACAAUCCAUAUUCAGCCUAUCAAAAUUCAAGGAACCUGAAAUUUUAAAACCAUACACCAAAACCUUAAAACGUAACUCAUAUACUAUACAACAGCUAGUUCAAAACCCAUCGAUGUCAACCGAUUAUAAUGAAAUCGAUACAAUCGGUUUCAUCUUCCUAAUCGAACCAUCGAUUAACGAUUUCGACUCGACUAAACAACCUUUCCAAAAUAUCUACCUUUCAGAUGCUAAUAAGAAUAUUAUUUGUAUUAAUUUCUGGGGUGGUUUAAAGAAAUUUGGAUACGAAAAUGUGUUAGAUACCGGUCAAAUUAUUUAUUGUGGUAAUUUGCAGAAACGCGCUGGUAACACUAGAAAAACUAUACUGCAAUACAGGGUGACGGAGUUCACGUAUUUUACUAAAACUCCCAAAAAUGAAUGUGCCAGGAAUUUAAUACAUGAUUUGAGUAAGAAGUUUAGUACACUGGAUCGUAGAAAAUUUUGUGAAGACUGUGUUGUGUUGAAAAAUAAUUUCGCUAGUGUCAAGAGUAAUAAUGAAAACAUAUCUCCAUAUAGAUUUAAUAAUAGUGACCUUAAUUUCUCUAAAAACAAAAUGUUCAUUGAUUCGCCUUUAGCUAGACCGGUCAAAGAUGACAAUUUCAACCUUACCGGCUUAGAUUUUGAGUCCACUUUUAGACAAACAGACACUCAAAACUUGUCUGAUGAAGUUAUGCUUAGGAAGAAAAAAGUCAAUGAAAAAAUAGCGAGACUAAAAAUGUACGGGGAACCACCUCCAUUAUCAACCAUUCAUAUAAUUAAUAGAUCUAAAAACGCUUCGAAUUCAUACAAGAGUCCUCUAAAUCCAAACCAAAGUAAUUCAAAAAUCCCACCGCCAAAAUCGAAAAGCGAAACUGUCAAAAGUGACAGUUAUGAUAAUGUUGCCAACGUAAAUGAAAGUCCCGGUAAAAGUGGUAAUUUAAAUGUUUCGGAUUUGGUAUGCAGUCCUGUACUUAUGAAUAGGACUUAUGUUAAGAAUGUUAAUCCUGUUAAGAUUAAUUUUGAUAUUAAAGAUAAUAAUGAUAGUAAUUUCGACCAUUUCGCUGAAGAGUUUGACGGUAGUCCGCCUUUGAGUCUAGAUUAA